CCUAACUUCCCUGUAGUGGGUUGGUGAAGAGGAGAUAGAAAGGGAUAAAGGACACGGUUAUAAUGCUAUUUCAUACUGUAUUCUGAAGAGAAAGGCCUUUACCUAACUUUAUCUGAGGAAGAGGAUAGCCCAGCAGGGACCUACAGCAGCUAUGGAGGACCAGCUCAGCUGUCCCGUCUGCUUUGAGUUCUUCCAGGACCCAGUGAGUCUGAAAUGUCAACACAGCUUCUGCCGCAGCUGCCUGGAAACACCAAGAUGGAUUCAACAAAAGCAGCGUGAGUGCCCUGUCUGCAGGCGAAGGCAUUCCAUAGACAAUAUCCAGCCCGCCAUGUCCAAUAUGAAACUGAGAAACAUAGUGGAGGCCUACCUGCAAAGAGAAGAGAAGGAGGGGAGUGAGGGAAGAGCAGUGGGUCUUGUGGUGUGCGCCAGGCAUAAUAAGAAGCUCAGGUUGUUUUGUGAGGAAUGUGAGGAUCUUGUUUGUGCUGUGUGUGUGGAGACCGAGUGGCAUGCCAAGCAUAAACACCAGCCAGUGAAGGAGGAAGCGCAGUGGCGUAAGGUACUGUGCUAUAGCUGGAAUACAGAUCUACUUGCAGUCUUUUCCUCUUGCUAACCGAGUUGCCUUUGGUAUUAGAUAAAAGUACCAAUACAGAAUAGCUGAGAAACCAAAUCUAAACUAUUUUUACUUUGAUCCAUCCUUGUUCUACUGCAACCCCUCCCUACCUCUCCACCACUAUCCCCACUCUCUUCCAUGAUACUACCCAGAGGGAACUCACUUCAUUGCUCUACAACCUUCCUGAGAAACUGGAACUGGACAUAAAGCAAGCGAGAGCCUCAAGAGCGCAUGCAGCACAAUACAUCAAGGUAUAUCACUAGCUAAAUUACACAAUAUUACAAAGGUAGGCCUACUACAAAGAUAUUACAUAGAUAAUACAUAGGUACGUGUCUAUCUUACUGUACUGAUCCAUCUGCCAGACCCAGGCCCAAACCACAGCAGGACAGAUCAAGAGUGAGUUUGCGAAGCUCCACCAGUUCCUGAGAGUGGAAGAGGAGGUCAGACUGGCAGCUUUGAAACAGGAGGAGGGGAUGAAGACAGGGUUACUGACCGAGAGGAUCACCCGUCUUGCCAGUGACAUGGCCUCACUCUCCGGGAGGAUCGCAGGCAUACAGACCAAGAUGAAGACAGAUGACAUCUCAUUUCUGCAGGUCCAUCUCACACUUUAUUUUGCAUGUCACAACUGUUCGAUAUACUGAGGCUUUCUCAAACAAACAUAUUAGUCUGUACUGAGGUCCACAUGUGUUCUUGUUUCAGAUGUACAAGGACUUGAAAGACAGGUAUGCAACAUUACAAUGAUCAUCAUUAGUCAAGUAUCUGAUCAGUCGCCAACACUAUUAUCAUAAAAUGUCUGUACUGUCUGUCAUUUCAGGGCCAAGUGUAGAUUGCAGGAUCCAGAGCCUGUAAAGGGGGCACUGAUAGACGUGGCCCAACACUUGGGAAACCUGAGGUUCAAGGUCUGGAAGAAGAUGCAGGAGAUGGUGCAAUACAGUGAGUACACAAAGUUUUAUAAGCAACUGUCCAUAUAUUUGAGGUUAAUCAUUGGCUUGCUUAAAUGACGUAGCACAGUGAUCAGUUACUAAACAGUAUAGUACAAUAUCCAUGCUCCAGUGUCAGUCUUUCAUAGCCUUGAACCUUUCUGAGCUAGUCUGAUUCCUGACAAAAAAAGUAUUAAUGUUCUGAUUCUUGAACGACAAACUGCUGACACAUGUUCUGUUCAUACAGCCAAAAUACAGUGUACUAACCAUCCAUGUAUCUGACCUGGUGGCCAACUAACCUGUCCACUCCCUCUGUCCCAGCCCCUGUGACCCUGGAUGUGAAUUCAGCCCACCCUGAUCUACUGAUCUCUGGGUUCCUCCUGGAGGUGAGUGACAGACGGGCAUCCCAGCCUGUGCCUGAUAACGCUGAGCGAUUUGACAGCUCAGUGAGCGUGCUGGGCUCUGAAGGCUUCUACUCAGGCAUUCACAGCUGGGAGGUGGAGGUGGGGCCUAAGAAGGCCUGGACCCUGGGCGUGGCCAAAGAGGGCGUAUCCAGGAAGGGCAAUGUGAUGGUCAGCCCAGAUGGUGGGAUCUGGGCGAUGAGGCUAUGGAAUGGGGUGGAGUAUAGCGCCGGAACCGCCCCCCUGGGUACUCCUUUGGUCCUGAGUAGGAAACCCCAGAAGGUCAGGGUCAAGCUGGACUAUGAGAAAGGAGAGCUGUCCUUCUAUGACUCCAGUGACAUGUCACUCAUCUAUACGUUCGAACAGAGUUUCACAGAGAGACUGUUCCCCUACUUCUCUCCCUGUCUGAACUCUGAUGGCACUAACCCUGGAGUACUGAGUAUCUGCCCUGAGAAGGUGUUUGUGACUGUGACACCUGCUCACUAAGGAUAUUAUCUGGUGAUACUACUUUACGAUCAAAUACCGAAGUGUCUGCAUUGGUAAAGUCUGUCACGGUGACUCCUGGGUAUUGACUUUGUCUGUCUAUUGUUUUGUCUAUUGGUGUGGAAAUUCUCAGCUCCAAUGGUGGCAGUGAUGUCUGUGACACCCAUGUCUAUUCCGAAACUUUGUCUGGAGCAUGUCAUCUUUCCUGUUAAUACAUUUAUUGAGUGAAAGUGUCAUGAAUUCCCUACUUCUUGGUGUUAUGUUCAAUAAAAGUACA